GUACACGAUGCCAAGUCCUUACUCAAGGUGUGAUGCCACACACAUCGAACUGCAAUCUGACUGAAAACAAGCAGCACGUUCCAUUCCUAGAGAUGUCUGCCAGAUGGAUCCCCGUGGGGAAGGUGGCAGAGUAGUGCAUGCAGCGGAUGUGGGACACCAUCAUCCGGAGUUGCAUCCGACCACACGUUCGCUGCCGGUGCUUCGAAACUGAAAUCAUUUCACGCGCUACCCCGCAUUUCCCUGGACAUCACGUCUAGAGACAAAACAAUGGGGAGCAUGACCGCCGGCGAUAUGGAGGCUAGCAUUGGUUCCGGGAGACAGAACAGUUGCAUAAGAUGGCGUCGCGCGCUCUGGCUUUCAUCGACAAGAUCUACUUUCGAUUAAGAUACCACAAUCAUGAGUGGAACGAAGAUCAUAACAUGCCCCGCGGGCCAUCACAAGAUCGCGAACAUUCACAAUGGAAAAGUCGCAAGCGGAACUGUCAAGGCUGGUGGGCAAGACAAGCCCGCACCAGGCACAUACAUAAAAUGGGACGCAGAGGGUGUCGAAGUCAUCCCGUCCGAUGAGAAAGAGAAGAUUCAGGCAGUCUCCGACCAAUUCAAUCGUUUCCAAAUGAUGAACUUCAACGAACAUAUGCAUUGUCUACGCGGCACACAUCUGAAGACGCAAGGAUGCGUAAUAGGCAAAUUCACAGUCCACGCCGACCUCCCACCCCACCUCGCGCAAGGCAUGUUCGCACAACCCGGCACCUACGACGUGAUAAUGCGCUACUCAUCCCUCACACCCAAAAUCGUGCCCGACAACAUCCCCGCACCCCGAGGCAUAGGCAUGAAAGUGUUCGGCAUCUCGGGCGAGAAACUCUGGGGCGAGGACAAAAAGACCCAGGACUGGACGUUCAACAACUACCCCGUCCUCGAGCUGCGCGACCCCCAGACGACAUUCGACAUCGCCGAUGCGCUGGAGCGCAACUGGGAUGAUCUGCCGACGUUUGCGGACGAGCAGGCCAAGCGCGUGGAUGCCGAUGUAGCGACGCUGGGGGGCCAGCUCCCGCGCCAGAACAUGGUCGCUAUGCCAGAGUACUCACAAUCCGCGUACCGCCACGGAGCCUACGUAGCGAAAUACGGCGUCUUCCCCCUCGGCAAAGAGCAGCUCGAACUCGUGGACACGGAAAUCGGCGACAACGAGCCCAUCAACAUCAUCUCGCAGAACGUGCGCGCCUUCCACCUCGCGCACAAAGUGAGCUACUCGUUCUGCGCGCAGCUGCUGCAGGAUCUGACCGAGCAGCCCGUGGACGAUAUCGGCAUCGAGUGGGAUCCUAAGAAAUAUCCGUUUGAGCAGAUUGCUACCCUCGAGUUUGAGAGGCAGGAUAGCUGGUUGCCGGAGUUUCGGACGUGGUGGGAUGAUAGGAUUACGGUUAACAGUUGGCAUGGGCUGAAGGAACAUCAGCCUCUCGGCAGUACGAAUCGCAUGCGUAGGGUGGUGUAUGCGGAGAGUCGGAAGUUGAGGCUUAGGGUUAAUGGGUAUAAGGAUUAUGUUGAGCCGGCGGGCGUGGAUGAGGUGCCGAGGGGGGAGUCGCCGCCGCAGGUUAAGUUGAAGUAUCAGGAUGCUGCGAGGACUGUGGAGGUUUCGUGAGGGCGGGAAGGGAGAUGGGGUUCGAUAGGUGUGGAUGUUCGGGGAUGGUUGGUCGUGGAGCCCUUUUACCGUAGCAUGGCUAGCUCAACAAGGGUAGGAGGAAAGCCUAUAUGUAUGGCCAGAACGUUACUCUAUUGUUGCUCGCGUUGCCUGUGCUACCCCAUUACAUAUCAUGGUCAAUCCAAAAC